CAAAAAGUAAUACAUCGAACCAUUCUUGCAUAUUUCUCUAUAUAUUUCUCUUCUGUUUGAUCUGCCUCUAUUAUUCAGCUCAAAUUAGGCGUUCAUCUAAGCUACUUCCCCCGCCUGCUAUCCUUAUACUCCCUGCACCCUUCUUAACUGCAAUCGUCAUUAAAAAACUGUCAAGAUGCUUGAAGCACGUUUAGAGCAAGCUAGCAUGCUGAAGAGGGUCGUCGACGCAGUCAAAGAACUCGUACAAGACUGCAACUUUGACUGCAGCGACACUGGCAUCUCUCUCCAAGCCAUGGACAACUCUCACGUCGCCCUCGUCUCCCUCAACCUCAAAGCUGAAGGCUUCUCUCCCUACCGCUGCGACCGUAACAUAGCUCUCGGAAUCAAUCUUACCUCUCUCCAAAAGGUCCUUCGAGCUGCACAAGACAAUGACAUUAUGACCCUCAAGGCGGAAGAUUCGCCCGAUGUAGUUAAUUUGGUGUUCGAGAAUGCACAAACUGACCGGUUAAGCGAGUACGAUAUCAAACUUACGGACAUCGAUCAGGAGCAUUUGGCUAUUCCGGAUACGGAGUAUGCGGCUAUGGUGGAUAUGCCAGCAACGGAGUUUCGGCGGAUUUGCAUGGAUUUGGCCAACUUAUCUGAGUCAGUCCUGAUCGAGGCUAGCAAAGACGGUGUCAAAUUCUCCUGCCAGGGUGACAUCGGCAACGGGUCUGUCACUCUCCGUGGACACACCAGCGUCGACAAGCCUGAUCAGAACGUCACCAUCUCCCUCACUGAACCUGUCGCCCUCACAUUUUCUGUCAAAUAUCUUAUCAACUUCUGCAAGGCUACUAGCUUGUCCAAUACGGUGCGGCUCAGCAUGUCGCAAGAUGUGCCGCUAUUGGUGGAAUAUGGACUGGAGGGAAGCGGAAGUCUGAGAUAUUUCCUUGCACCAAAGAUUGGCGAUGAGGAGUAAAUUUGACGAGGUAAAGGGAGAUCCGGAGCCGGGUGUACCUGGAAGUGCUUGCUAACGCUAUGAAAGUUACGUAGUAAUAAGAACUCUGAAAGAUCCUUAUUUCGCAUAAUGAAAUACU